AAUGCUAUGGCGCGAAAAGACUCCCAAUUCCAAAAAUCCAGUGCGAUAUUAGGGUUUCACCUCACAUGCUACCGGUAGUCUGGUCACUGCUGCUUCCUCUCCCCCACCGCAACGAUUUCCGGAUUUUCAGACCAGCUCGUAGAAAUCAGGGAUCUGAUUUCUUCAGCCGCCACCAAAGCAAACAAGUCAUUCGCCUACUCCAUCCUCUUACACCUCCAGCAGCAAUCCUCCGACUGCCACGAUUCAAUUCAAAUGCUUGCAUCCGUCCGACCGUCGCCGAUGUUCGGAACAAUGACGAAGAAAUUGCAACUCAGGCAUUGGAAUGCUUGGGCUUCAUGAUAUAUCAUCCGUCCAUCGUCGCCGAAAUCGCAGCGGAUGAUGUCAAAUUUGUUUUAGAUUCACUGGCAAAGCUCCUUACAACCACAAAAAUGAAGUCUGUUUGCAAUUUAGGGGUGUGGUGCAUAUCUAUCCAACAAUUGAGUACACCACUUUUAGCUGCCCCUUUCCAUUCUCUUUUGCUUGCAAUUGUUCAUGCCAUUGACAAUCCUAUCAGUUCUUUGUCGACUACUUUUGAGGCUAUUCAGGCUGUUAUCGCAUAUAUGGGCUCCUUCAGUAUAUAGAAGACUCCUUAGCUCUGAUAAGAGGGAGAGGGAUAUGUCAGAGAGGUGUUUAUUGAACACUAGGUCUACAAUAUUACCCCCUCCGCUAAAUCUUUCCAAGGUACUCACUUGCUUAUGUUAUUGUGACUUACAUCACAUAUCGCUUCAGUUGGUGGAGGCUGUCUGUGAGGAGAUUGAACAUACUAUAGUGGGAUUCCCUAUUUACAGGGUGCCAUUUGACAUCAAGUGUAUUGAUAACCACCAAAUAUUAGUUGACAUUGGAUGUGCAAAAUCCGGUGUCACUAACGCUUACAUGGAUAUGGUUUCACCAAUGGUUUAUUUAAGUGUACUUUACUUCUGCUUAGUGGUUCAGUCAACAAUGACCGAACCCAAAACAGACAUCAAUCUUCAGAGAAUGCAGAAUUAUUUCAAAUAUCUGUUAUCAAUGUUUGAUCCCCUGGAAAGCCUAGUUGUCACUACUGGAUUAUUGUACAAGCACAGUGGUCCUAGCUGCUUAAGGAUGUGGAUUGCAGUGGCAGAAGGUUUGAAGUUCUACAUUGAUGAUAUGAAGGAUUUUUCGUCAUUGAAAAUGGAGUCUGACUGCAAAUGUUGUUUUGCCAUGUGCGAUCUGUUGUCCUAUCCACUAGUUGUAUGCUCCUGUACUCCGAAAUACUUUAUGUCUGCAGAGCUUGGAAGCCCCUCAAAAGAAUCUCAUGCUUCACAUCACAUACAGGUUGAGCUUGAACAAGUUAUCACACUCUGGAUGUCCCUCUAUUGUUCUCUCUGCACCUCAAUAUCUGGGUGUUUCAUUGGCGGCAGUUUCUUUGAGGAUCUCUUUUCAAUAUUGGAUAGGUGCCUUGAAAAGUUUGCUAGCAUGCUGUUGUGUGCUGAUGAGUAUGUCUUAAAAUUCAAUGAUCUGGCUCUUCAUCGCAUUUCCUCAUAUGGCGAUGUGUUGAUAUGUA